AAAGCCGCGGCUGAGAGGCUCUCCCCCGCAUCAUCUUCUUCCUCGCAAUUUAGCCGUAGGGUUUAUACCUCUGUUUCUCAAAACCCUCAGCUAAUUAUAGGUUUAUAUAACAAAUUAAACAGAACAAAAUAUGAACGUUGCUGCUUCCCUAUCAUCCAUCGCCACCGUCCGCUUUCCCAAUUGCCACCGCUGCUUCCGCUUCUCAAAACCCCUACUUCGAUCUCCGUCGCUUCAGAUAAUGUCCCGAAUCUCGUCAUCACCAUCUCCCUCCACCGUAUCCGCGGCGCCAGUGAGCUCGGACACGGCGCCUGUCGAAGCCAAGAAGCCGCCCAAGCAGCCGUGGCUCAUCGUCGGACUCGGAAACCCCGGGAAGAAGUACAACAGCACCCGCCACAAUGUGGGUUUUGAGAUGGUAGAUGCCAUAGCUGAAGCUGAAGGGAUACCUUUGAGCAGUGUUUCUUUCAAAGCCCUUGUUGGAAAAGGCCUUAUUGGCGAUGUUCCGGUUAUAUUUGCCAAGCCACAAACUUACAUGAAUAAAAGCGGUGAGUCUGUUGGAUCGAUUGUUUCAUAUUACAAGAUUCCAUUGAAGCAAGUACUUGUGAUAUUUGAUGAUCUAGAUCUUCCCUUUGGAAAGCUGCGGAUGUUGCCAAAAGGUGGACACGGAGGACACAAUGGGAUGAGGAGUAUCAUUGAUCACUUUAAAGGGAGUCGAGAUUUUCCUCGUUUAAGAAUCGGCAUUGGACGUCCUCCUGGGAAAAUGGAUCCUGUCAACUUUGUUCUUCGUCCAUUUACUAAUCAAGAACAACACGAGUUGAAUUUUACGUUUCAAGAUGGUGUAGAAGCGGUGCGUAUUCUUUUGCUCGAGGGGUUCAACAAAAGCGCAACAUUCGUUAAUACUGCCAAACCCUUGGAACAAUGCGGUUAAAUUGCUUCAUUUGUUAUCUUGAGAAUCAUAUUACUCCAUUUUUUGAGAAUCAUAUUACUACAUUUGAUUAGAACAUCAUGCUUGAGAAUUAGCAACUUGUAUUUUUCCCAUUUUUUGUUUUACAUAUUUGGAUCUAUGCAAUUUAUUUAGUCUGAAUUUUUCUCAUCAAA